AUGGUUUACAAGGGAAAUGUUGAUAUGGAUAGGAAUAUCCAUACAUAUAAAGCAAGGCUAGUAGUAAAAGUUGCAAUAGUUGCAUAUCGUGAUUAUGGGUUAAAGCAAUUUGAUCUUGAAGCUAAAGAUACAUUGGUGUCGGUGAAACCGUUAAUGGAAGAGAUAGUGAGAAAUACAUGCCCAAAUUCUUCAUUAGAAAGGAGGAGGCCACAAAAAGAUCAAGCCUUGAACUGUCCUAGAUGCAAUUCAACAAAUACAAAAUUUUGUUACUACAAUAAUAAUAGCCUCUCCCAGCCAAGAAACAUUCCCGUUGGAGGGAGUUCAAGAAAGAACAAACGAUCAUCAUCAAGGAAGAUUUUUGAUGAAGAUCCUAUUAGACAUUCUGAUUUGACAAGCUCACAGUCACAAAACCCUAAUAUGGAGGAAUCUUGGGACCUCAACUUGGGAUUUUCAAUCCCUCCUUUUGGUUUCGAAACUUGGGAAAACAUUGUCAACAAAGACAAUAAUAUCCUUUCUUCUUCCUCGACCCUUUCACCUUUGGAGCUCUUGAUAGGAAAUACACAUGUUGUCCAUCGACUACACCUUUCGGCCUGA